CUCGUCCGCUCGAGUCCUGUCUCACUUUGCAACAUUCUUCAGCGAUUCGACUGCGCGCGCAGGAUUGCGUCUCAAACAGCGGCCUCCAGAUCAUGUUCAGAUCCCCUGGAAAGCUAAUAUACCUAGCCGAAUCCCCCGAACGCCUGCAGCCAUGGUUCUCGCAGCCAAGCAGCGCGUUCCGUCGAGCCAGCGCAGCCCGACCCUUUCAGAUGCUGCAAUGAUUCUGCCGGGCUUCGAGGCCGAUCAAGCAUGCAGCAUGUCGCCCGUCUUCGAGCGCCCGCCCUCCGUGUCUGCUCUGUAUGAUGCGUAUCAGAGCCCCAAACUAAGCUUCCCGCCCCAGAGCCGAAGCCGCGCUUCACAACAAAAGCAGUCACCUCCGCUCUCAGCACAGUCCUCGCGCUCGACACUGCGCAACAUGGGCGACUCGGCAGCCAAUGCCAAAAGGUCGCCCCCGCGCCAUGAAGUGCUCGCAUUGUCGCCCAAGAGUGACGCUAAUGGGUUCAAGGGCUGGGAGGAGCAGGAGCAGCGCCGCCUCAGCACUGCAAGCUCGAUGCUGAGCGAGGACUUUGAGAACUGGCCCGGGUUUGACAGCAGCCACGAGACGUUCGAUGACAGCGGCGUGGGCCUCGAGGAACAGGAGAUGCACAACCGAGUACCCCGCGGCCUGGCCAAAGACGGUGACGACAUGGAAAACGAGCAGUGGACGAGCGGCCGGACUGGCAGCGAUGAGGACGACAUUGACGACCCACAGUCCUCGGCAGCACUAAGCCGCAGGGCUGAGAUCAUCCUAGCCAAUGCGAAGAAGCGACUCAAUGUCAUGGAGGGCAACCUCAGAGGAGCCAGAGAGUCGCUGGUCGUGUCGCCUACUUACCAUCCAAUAAGGAGCACCUCUGAGCUGUCCCAGCACAUUGCGUCUUCACGAGAACGGGACCGGAGACUCUAUGCUGGCAUUGGACCAAUUCCCCCACGCACGCCUCAUCGCAACUCGCUACUUUACUCGACUAACAUCUCUAGCCCAAGCCACGCCCGAGGUGCCAGCGAGACGUCAAUCCCCCUGUCAUUCACACCGUCCUACACGUCGAGGAUGAGUACGAGUAAGCGAGCAUCAAGCGCAAUGGGAGCCGCAAGUGGUCCGUGGUCCGCAGAGAGCUUUGGACAUGGCCGAUUUCCGAUCAAAGAGUCGCGCAGUCACGAGGUCAUGCGUGACCCGCGAAACACCUGGAACACCACCGAUUAUCAGACACCUGGGAGAUCGACCUCCAGGAGCUCAAGAUCGCCUCCUGCUCUGGAGACGCUGCGUGAGGACGACAACGGACACACGCUGCAGAGAUCAGCUUCAGCGACGAGUGGACUCCGCGAUCAGAUGAACGACUUGAAGGGGAGGAUUUCGAGUCUGAAGCAGAGAGCCGCAGAGGAUCACAUGCGGCGACGGAGUCUCCAGAGCUUGCGCACGCCGAGCCCAUUCACGUCAUCUGAGGUUUGGUACCACGGAAAGGACGGGUAUCAGGUUGGGACGUCCACGGUCACUCAGAACGCCGGGCUGGGCAUCAAGACUGAGUCUCCAGCUAGAAAGGCGCUGUACGAAGAGGGACGUUCACCCACAACAACACUCUCGCAGCGAGAAGGGGAGACGCUGCUUGCAUCAAAAGAUCGGAGCCCCAAGGGGUUGGGCAUCCAGCAAGUAGGCUGCAACCCACCUAGUACGAUCGACGAAGUCACCGAAAGAUCUGGCUCGACAGUCGAGAGCAGCGACGACCACGACCACGUCUCUGUCAUUGGCAAGGACCUGGAGCCUGGCGGUGACAGCGUCUAUGAGGAUGCGGCUUACGAAAUGCCUGUAACCGAGCGCCAUGAGGAUCGCGUGGAUGCUUUCGACUACGAGCACUUUUUCUUGCACAGCGCCAUGGGAACGUACAGCCUUGAAGACCGCCGAUCUAGCACGAGCUCCAACAGCUCAACCGAGACCACACGACCUGUAACCGCAAUGCAAAGCAGCGAAGACCUUAGCAACGCUGAAAAACGAAUCUCCAUGCAUCAGAGGAACCCCAGCGUAGAUUCCAUCUCCUCAGUUGCCACUUUUGCCACAGCCGCCGAACACCAGUCCGACGAAGAGGAUGACGAGGAAAACGAACAGAUGGACCAGUUCUCUCAGCAGAUCAUCCAGCAUAACCAACACAUUGCCACUCAACGACCCUCUCUUGUAUCUCUGCGCUCGGACUCGGCCAUCAACAUGCGGCGCGGAAACGGCAUCUCUCCCACGCAGACUGCCAUUUCCCGCGGAUCCUCGCGCACCUCGUCAUCUUCUGGUUCUCUGGCCAGUGGACUGCAGACGAGCAAGAUCUACUCGAUCCUUACAGAGAGCCAGAGUAACGAGCCACGUCUAGCGCUGAGCGAGGAAGAGAAGCAGCUCAUCUACAGUCUCGCAGCCAGCUUUCAGAACGUCUGCGCAAAUCUGCAAAACACGUGCGGCGAGCAGCACGACCGCAAGGCCUGGCGACAGCGCCUCGACGAGGCCCGCCGCGUACUGGCCGGCGAAGAGAUUGAAGACGACCAAUCUUUCUAGACAACGACCACCACCACGUAUAUAAUGUGUAUUAGUACCAUCGGCAGCGUUUCAGCGUUGCUUCCCUGUACGAUCUAGAGACUAUCGUCUCGCUAUACGACAUUGACCGACACAUAUUUCCUACUACUUUCCACGACUACAAUGAGCUCCACGCCAUAGUACCAUCAGCAUUCGCAUUUUGUGCAACCAGCCUCGGCUUGCCUUUUAUCAUACUUCGCGUUGUUACGUUUCGGUUGGGAGGGCAUUUUCCAGUUUUGUAUUGAUACCCUGGGGUGGAGAUGUGGCCGGUGUGGGCUUGUAGUCUAGAUCUUUGAAUAUGGUGUAGCACAUGCCACCUACGUACUUGCGCGCCAAUGACAGCUAUUGCAUCU